GAUUGUGGAAUAGUUCAUAUUACAAUGCCUCUGGCCACACUGACAUGCUACCAACUUUUUAACAAAACUUUAUUAAUUACAAAAACGGGGACCAAUUCUGCGCUAAAAGUCAAUCGCCUCGCGUCAUCCCGCGUUGCCAUGCACAGCCGGAGUUUGCUGCCGGAUCCGGCGGUCUACCAGCCGGAUACCCUGGACCUGAACACGGACAUAAAGGCGGCGGAUUACUGGUUCAACUGCUUCCGGGACAUGGUGGCCAAAUUCGCCAAGGUGGCGGCCAGAUCACAGGAGGAGGAUCACACGGCACCGCAGCGGGCGGAUCAGUUCCAGGCGGCCUACCUCCAGCGGUUGGAAGAGCAUCAACGCAACGUGCCCCUUAAUCGGGGAAAAGUUGUGCUCGGUACCAGUGAGCUCCUGCAACUAAAUGAAACAAUGCUGCGGCGCUACGGAUUCGCUGAUCCUUGGCUCAGCCAAAAGAGAAUGGAGAAUGCCUCUGCAGUGGCGCGGCUAAAGCAGCGUCUCGAGGAACUGGAUGCCCUGGAGGAUGAGGAUGCCCGGUGGACGGAACUGGUGCGCGGCGUGCUCGCUGGCAACAUGUUCGACUGGGGCGCCCAGGCCAUAUCCAAUAUCCUCGAGCAGGACAGCAAUUUCGGAUUGCAUUCGGCCCUCGAACGCAUCGAGAAGCGGCCCUGGCUGCUGGACAACCUGGACAACUGGCUGAAGCGGCUCAAGGGUGCGCCGCACAAGUGCGCCGUGGUCUUUGUGGACAACAGCGGCGUGGAUGUUGUCCUGGGCGUCCUGCCCUUUGUGCGGGGACUUCUGAAAAGAGGAACCAAGGUGCUGCUAUGCGCCAACAGUGAACCCGCUCUCAACGAUGUGACCAGCGAGGAGCUGAGAUCCCUGCUGGACGACUGCGCACGGGAAUGCGGAGUACUGGAGAAGGCCUGGUCCCAGGGACAACUGCUGGUCUACGCCAACGGGCAGACGGGUCCCUGCCUGGACAUGCGCACUUUGCCGCCAGAGCUGUGCGACGCCAUCGCCGCCAAUGAGACUGAUCUGCUCGUGAUCGAGGGCAUGGGACGGGCCCUGCACACAAACUUGAAUGCCCGUUUCGGGUGCGAAACGCUCAAGCUGGCCGUGAUCAAGAACCGGUGGCUGGCCAAGUACCUGGGCGGCGAGGCCAUGUUCGCCGUCAUCUGCAAGUUUGAAACGGCUGCGCCCAGCUAGUCCAGGAGCCACUGCAUCCAUUGUUAUCCCCUGUUGACACAAAUAAACAUGCCCCCCGCCCCAAGAAUAUGAUGAUGAUGAUAAUGAUGAUAAUGAUGAUCUGAUCACCAGCCAGGGGUCCUUGUUGAGUUCGAAAUUAUUGUUAUGAUCCACAAAAAACCCACUAUUCACAAUCCAAUCCUAUCCUAUCCCUUCGAACUACCGAUGAGAUUCGUAUGUGUUUAAAUAUAAUCUUAAUGCAAGUGCUUUCGUGGUCACCUCACCCAUAUAAUAAAACAGCUACACUUUUAAUAAUUAAAAACAAGAAUAUAUAAUAACAAA